AUGACAAAAACCGGAAAAUGCGACAUUUGUCGGCAGAGGAAGGUCAAGUGUGACGAAACGAAGCCCAAAUGUGGAGCUUGCCGGAAGAAAGAACGACCAUGCACUUAUUCGUAUGGCAAGGCUUCUGCCUUUGUGAUACAAGAUCCUAGUCAAUUGACCAAGCAUGGAGCAUCGAGAAUUGCAUCGACGAAGUGGCCGCUAGAUGCUACAGAAUCUGACGUUACCUUUCCCGAUAAUUUGUCGUCAGAUUUACGAACCAUGACAGAAAGAGCAGCAGGGAAUGGAAAAGGAGUUUUCCAGACACUUGCGCCACUGUCGAGACAAUUGAGCCGAACUUCCAAGCAGAAAGAAACACAUCGAAAGCGAGCGUUACAAGUCUACCUCCAAAGACUCCAGCAUGAGUCUUCUCCCCUCACUAUUCGACCCAUCUCAGAAGAGACUACACUCAUAGCCAGAUAUAUCGACAUGCUCGGCUCGGAGGCUGCUACAAAACAACCUCUUUCCAUUCUAGGCACCUGGAUCCAGUCCAUACCAUCGCGUAUUGGCUCGAACCGGAUGGUAGAUCUUGCAGUCGAGUUCCUCGUCAACAGCUAUGCUACAUUCUGGGACGACUCGCAUUCGAAGCGGAAAGUAGCUAGAGCUUCGAAAGCGAAAGCGCUGAGAGAGCUACAACUCAUGGUUCUGAACACGCAAACUACACCAAGCUAUGAUGUUCUUCUUGCGACCAAAAUGCACUAUGCUGCAGAGGCCUUGAUGGGAAUCGAUACGAUGUACCAUGCAAUACAUGCCUUUGGGCUGGCAGAGCUUCUGAAAGCUGGAAAUGUGUCGGGCGUUGAUGAGGAACACUUCUGGAAUCUCAUUGAUAAUACUUACAUUGACGAUGUCAACGAAGGUAUGCUUGCUGGUCGAAAAUCCGUAUAUGACAACGACUUUUAUCUUUCUGCAACAUACCCCCUAUCACUGGACUCCAACGUUGCGUCAAUGUCGGCAUUCCAGAGAGCUUCUAUGGCAAUUAUGCAUGUCCUAAUACAAUGCCCACGUUUGACGGGCUUGGUGCGAAAGGCGAUCAUGAAUCCUAGUGAUGUCAACGCGCUAGCUUCCGCGAUGUCGUUGAUGGAGUCGUUGAUCCAACUUGACUUGCCACAAUACGUUGCCGAACUUUUGCAAUCAGCAAUAACUGUUGUUCCGAGACCAACUUCCUCGGAAAUCGCCGAUAUUCUAUCAGAUUCACUAGAGUUCAACUCCGUUCAAGACAUGAUCUUGUGUACGCGGUACUGGAUGCUGCAAAACAUAUUAUGUGGCCUCGCUGAAAGUCUUUACCGACAUUUUCCGGCAGAGUCCGCAGAUUCCUUACUUCCUACCCCAGAACGCAUUAGAGCCAUUGACGUGGAUGCCGCCAUGUAUCUCGCGAAAUCUCUUCCUUGGGCUGAAUCAACCUCUCAAAGGCUACCCCUUGUGCCAUUACGACUGCAUACCCCGCUUCAAGUAUCAAUUGGGCCCUGGCAUCGCAUCAUCCGCUACAUCAGUCAGAUUCCAGAAUCAGAAAUUGACCCAGCAUUGGCAUUCGAACUCAAGCGAGCCGAGCGUAUGAAAGCCUGGCUAAUGGAACGCUGUAAUCGCAUCCACAAACAAUGGGACGUGGCCGUCGCCGACGAAAAGCCUCUUCUAGAAGCUCUGGAUUGCAUGUCAGGAGAUCCAAUUCCUGAUUGGCUGCCAGUGCGCGUUCGAUUCGAAGCAGAAGAUGGGGAGAUGGUUAUCAAACUAGAUUACGAGAACAAAACUGGCACCUACUCGGAACGAUACGAACUCGGGCGGCCUCCUCCAAAACGGUCACCGCACCCUUUGACGCCCGACCAGCAAUGGCAGAGAGAGAAUGUGGAUGUGCAGAAGUUGCCAUUCCGAAGUACAGCCAUGCAUGAUACAUCAUUGACAGAAGUGUCACCCGACAAUUCGACCCUCGAUCCCUCACCCCCAACCAAUCCAGCGAUGAGACCCGUUGACUUCAUACACAGCACAGGCAGAAACCUAUGCUCGACAUCUGGCUGGUGGCCCGAAACACCAGCUACAUCCACCGUCCUCCUGGACAGCACCCACAAAGCCUCUGCUUUCCCCAGGAUCUCCCCCACCCAUAAUCGCACCACAACAGCGCCCCUGACUGAACUUCCCCAUGGCCACCCCUGCUUCGCAUCGAGCUGGUGGCCACAGACGCCGAAUAGCAUGCGCAGCACGAGCUUGGGGAACGAUGCGCCUCGUAACCCUUGUUUAUCGCCUGCGUGGAAUAGAUAUACGACUGUCACGUUCGAUAACAGCAGGAAAAAUGCUUGUUAUUCGCCUGCUUGGUCGAAUGAGGGUUGA